AUGGGGAAAGCCUUCAACAUCUCCCUCGCGGCCUUUGCCGCCACGGGGUCGUUCCUCUUCGGGUAUGACUCCGGUGUUAUGACCGACGUGAUUGCGUCCGAGGACUUUCUGGAGUUCUUUCACACCGAUACCGGGAGCGCCAUUAUCGGGGCCAUCAACAGCACCUUCUCCGGCGGAGCAGUGUUUGGCUCACUGAUGGGCGGCCUCACUAUGGACAGGUUCGGCCGACGGAAAACCAUCCUGAUCGGGGCGCUGAUUGCGCUUGUUGGUGCAAUUCUCCAAUCAGCGGCGCAAAACCUGGCCAUGAUUCUUGUGGGCCGGAUCGUUGCAGGCUGGGCCGUUGGCCUGCUGAGCAUGUCGGUUCCGGUCUACCAGGCCGAAUGUGCCCAUCCUCGGAUCCGCGGCCUCAUUGUUGGCUUGUCACAGCAGAUGAUUGGAGUUGGCUUUAUCAUCUCCACCUGGGUUGGGUAUGGUUCAUCGUACGCUGCCGGGGAGUUAAGCCAGUUCCAGUGGCGAUUUCCCCUUGCGUUCCAGGCGCUGCCAGCCCUGAUGCUGGUCAGCGGGAUCAUGUUCUUCCCGGAGUCGCCCCGCCAUUUGAUAGAGAAGGACCAGGAGGAGGAGGCCAUGAGGGUGUUGCGGAAGCUCCAUUAUGACGGCACCAAUGAGGACUGGGUCCAGCGGGAGUUUCACGAGAUUAAGACAACCAUCGCCGCCGAAAAGGCCAUCACAGCGCCGGGCUGGCGAGUCAUGUUCACUGUCCCGCAAUGGCGGACGAGGCUCAUGCAUGGUGUUGCUGUUCAAGUGUUUACACAAUUCACGGGUAUCAACGUUAUCGGAUACUAUCAAACCCAAAUGUACAACUCCCUUGGCAUCACUGGGAACAGGGCGCUUCUCGUCGCCGGUAUCUACAACUGUCUCGGUCCUCUCGCCAACCUCGUCUUCAUUGUCUUCCUCAUCGACCGUGUCGGCCGUCGGCGCCCCCUUCUGUGGGGCACCGUUGCGAUCGCCGUUGCGCUUAUCUGCGAAUCUGCAAUCAACAGUCGCAUCGACCCCGAUGACCCGGACCACGGCUUGUCCAUUGGCGGUGUCUUCUUCAUCUUUUGUGUCACCGUCAUCUUUUCCUGGUCCUGGGGCCCGAUCUCGUGGGUGUACAUGUCCGAGACGAUGCCUAUGCAGAUCCGGGCUCGCGGCAACGCCUUUGCGACAGGCAUUGGCAAUUGGCUCGUCUCGACGUUUUGGUCGCAGGUCUCGCCAAUUGCGCUCAAGGCACUGCAGUGGAAGUUUUACUUCUUGUUUAUCGCGUGGGAUAUCGUCAUCACCAUCCCGGUCGUGUACUUCUUCUUCAAGGAAACGAAGCAGCUCUCGCUGGAAGAGAUUGACGUCUUAUUCGGCGAGCGCGCGCUCGGUGCGUUACCAAGGGAUCUCAACAAGGAUGAGCUUUCCCAUCCGCAGGAGCAAAGGAGAGAGGAUACGACAGUAUAG